GUUAGGGCAAGCUGCCCUCCCAGUACGCGUAGUGUGGCGGCCAUCUUUUGGUUGCAGACAGCAUCAAGAUGCCGGUAUCCUGUGCUGCCUCAGGAUGCAAAUCAAGGUAUACUCUUGAGGCAAGAGAAAAAGGAAUUACAUUUCACAGAUUUCCUAGAUGACAUCCUGCCUUACUGGAUAAAUGGUGUCGUGCUAUGAAAAGAGCUACAAGUACAGGAGAGUUAUGGAUGCCAUCCAGGUAUCAGAGGCUGUGCAGCCUGCACUUCCAACAAAGCUGCUUUGACACUACAGGGCAGACAAAGCGAUUAAGAGAUGACGUCAUACCCAGCAUUUUUAAUUUUCCAGAAGACUCACAGAUGAAACUAUUUCUUCAGAAGCCAGAAAUGCCUGAAAACCAAGCAAUACAUGUGACUGAACCCCCCAGCAUAGAUGUUCCAAGAAUUCUUGAAACUCCCACGGAAGAGCCAGAAGAAGAUAUGACACUCGGCACAGAUACAGAUGGCACAAGGAACUGUCAAGCACAGUUGCAGGAUCAUCCAUAUUUUAUUCCGGAUAUUGAAACACUAAAAAAGAAACUGCAAGCAUCGGAAGAUUCCAGAGCCCAGAAAGAAAAGGAGCUAAGAAAUGCAAAAGAUCGAGAGAAGCGGCUGCAUCAGACCUGUCGUAGCAUAUACCAAGAGCUUAGGAAGAGGAAGGUAUUGGAUGCUCAACUCCAGGAAGCUCUUCAGCCCUAUGAAGACAUUCCCCUGGAACUAUUUAAAAAGCCAGAAUCUGAGUAUUCUGCACAGCAGCGCCUCUUUUCCCUGGCUUUACACCUUAAUGACCCACUGUCAUAUAAAUAUCUGAGGAAGGAAAUCAAGCUGCCACUUCCGGGGCCUAGAAGACUUCGUAAGUGGCUAAUGUCCGACUGUGUGGGACCUGGAAUUAAUUCAUUUGUGAUUGAAGCCUUGCUAGAGAAAAAACAAUCCCAACCUCCUCUGUAUACCCGUGCAUGUGUGGUCAUGGGCACAAUACCCGUCCAACAAAAUGUUGUCUUCGAUUCGCAGAGAAAUGAGUUUGUUGGCUUUGUAAACAUGGGAGCAGAAGGAUCUGGAAGUGGAAGUCAGGAAGUUGCCAAUGAAGCUCUUGUGUUCAUGCUUGUCGGAACUGUUGGGCACUGGAAAGUUCCUGUUGCAUACUUUUUAGUCAAAUUAUUAUCUGCACAAGCCCAGAAACAACUGCUUUGUCAUACUCUGUAUGAACUAUGUGAGAAUGGCUUUGAGGUGGUCGCUGUGUGCAUGGAAAGAUGUCCACGGAAUGAAGAGAUGUGCACUCUGCUGGGCUGUACAUUGACAGACCCCUGGAACCUGAGGACACUCUUCUCUCUGCCCAAUAAUGAUUUUAAACAUUAUGUAAUGUUUGACAUGUGCGAUGAACUGAAGACCGUUACUAACAUGGUAGAAGACCUUGGUUCUUUACACGGUCCAGAUGGAACCAUUACAUGGCAGUAUAUCGCUGAAUUGAUGAAUAUGCCCCGGUGCUCCAGGAUGUUCCCUCAGCUUGCAAAAAUGCCCUUACUGGCUAAUAAGCUAAGCAAUGCCGUAGCAGAUGCAUUGAAACUGAUACAGGAACUGAAUUGUAAAGAGUUUGAUUAUUCACAAGCUACUAUCAAUUUUAUUGAGAUAAUUGGCCAAUUAUUCGAUAUCUUCAAUAGCAGCAGUUUGCGGCUCCAGGGUAACAAAGGUGCAAUCACUUAUUUCAACUUAGAGCAAAAGCUCCAGAUCCUUCAGGAGACCCGAGAAUAUUUACUGACUCUGAUGACCAGUGACAGCGAUUUCCUUUUCCAAACCUCAAGAGGAUGGUGUAUUAUUGGUCUCCUUGUGAAUAUUGGUUCUCUGUCUGUGCUGAUACCACAGCUGCUGCUAGAACAGGAAUGUGUCACCACACACAGGUUCAGCACACAUUACCUCAAGAGGUUUUUCAGUAGUUUUAGGACCAAAGGUGGAUCUGAUGUAAGCCCUACAGCAUUUGAGGUAAGGUGUGCUGUAGAAAAGCUUUUGUCACAGAGCGGACUGAUAAAUACAGAUUUGGAGACUAAAGCUAACUUUGGAGACACACAUAUAGAUCUAAGUCUCUGUGGCUAUGGCCAGAAUGUUUCCUCUCCCUUUGCAGACACCAGUAUUGAGCUGCCUGAUCACAUCUAUUCAUCUAAUGUGUUAACGAUGGCAGUUAACAAUUCUGAAAUGUACAUUGCAGGCUGGGUUGUGAGGAAAGCCUUUAGCCAGCUGUCCUGUAACAAGUGCAGAUGGGCACUUGUGACUGAGCAAUAUCCACCAGACUUCACCAAUGCGUAUCACUUACUGCAAGUUAAAGAAGGUACAGCUUGUUUUGUGCCGUCAAAUGGAACAAUCCGGACUGUGCAAAUAGUGGAGAAGGAUGUGCAUCAUAUGUUGCAUCAUGGCAACUCAAAGUCCAGCAUAUCUGUCCUCAUGCUGCAGCACCGAGCGCUACUCAUAUUGGGUUCCGAAGAUAUAUUUAAUCUCCAAGAGCACAUAGCACAUACAGAGCUGGGCAUGGAAAAUCAUCACUUUCAACUGGUGCGUUUCAUUACGUCUAUUUAUUAUGAACUAAGGAAAUCCUAUAUCGAUAAAGCAACUGUAGCAAAUGAACAAAGAAGACUUGCAAAACAAACUCUUUCUAGACCUCUACAGUUAUGA